AUGGCGAACAUAAGUGGUCAAUCAAACUUCCAGAUAUUCCAACAGGUCCUCCGAAAAUACGAUGGGAGGCCAUCAGCAGGGACGAGAGCGACUCAACCUGUACCUGCAGGAGAACUCUCGGACAUUGAAGAGGAUGAGGCACUAUCUUAUGAUGCGAGGGUGAUACACGAGUAUGAUGAUCGGCGAAGCAGAGAUACCCUACCCUUUUUACGAACAACAUUGCGAUGGGACCAAAAGUCGCAAUGCCAGGUAAAAACAUUUGAAAUCCCCACCCGAGGCUGGACGGCAUGGGCAAGUAUUGAGACACUGACAAAGUUGAAAUUUUUGGUUCGGCAACAAAGGGAAUUUAACAAGUCAGGAGCGAAGGUCAAAGAUCGUCUGGUGUUUGGAUAUGCUUCCGAGAUCCUGCCAAGGGCAUUCCGGGACAUAGACGACCUAGAAAAUCUGCAAAAUCUAAGAUUUGAUCGACAAGACUCCUCCGAUUCAUCUUCCGAAGGUAGCUAUCAUAGGCGGCGAACUCGUCCCCGAAAGGUAGCAGUCAGUCAUGAACACUACAGAGACUUGUUCUUCCAAAUUGCUUGUAUUGAAGAAGAUUCUCGGUCAGCGUUGACGACUUUGGCCGUCAGAACCUUAGAAGCGCUAGACAAAUUCAUCGACCACAUAUUUCCCGGGGCCAGAAAGAUUCUCGAAGAGGCUCAUCAUGGCGACCAAGUAUCGUACCUUCAAGUAUGGACCCUAUUCCCGCCAGGCAGAAUAGUGUAUGAGAGGCGCGAAAUCCCCCCAUUUAAUGAACUGUACGAGCAAUGCUUUCGUGUAAGAAGGGUUGAGGACUUCAUUAGUCAUUACGACGGAACAAAUGUAUUUCGACUUGUCUUGGAAGAGAUCGUUUACAUGAAGGGCAAUGGAGUACGCCCGGGCACCAAGUUAGUUUUAACGAGUCGACAUAUACGGGAAUAUGAUGGCAUGAGAGAUAUCACCACCGAAGGUCUCGGUCUCGUGCCUCUGAGCCUUAUCCCCAAGGAAGAACAAAACCGGAUUUGUAUUGCAAUUGCACAAAGAAGCCGGAGAUUCCUCCAUCUAUCAGCCAUUCCUUUCAGCAUUUGGAAUUACAACGGCCCGGUGAGGCUGAUGACUAGCAUAGCGGGACAAGGCACACGGGAGGAGACCAAACUAUCACAGACAGAGAGGGCUUGGCAGAGACACACUCAUGAGAAUGUGGUUAUAGACCUAGUAUCUUCAGCAACUUACUUCGCUCAUCGAUUUUCGCAAUGGCUACAUAACUUCCAUGAUAUUGACGAUGGUGUAGAAAAAGCGACGCCACUCCACAUAUCACACAUCAAUCCCACUGAAAAUCAGGAUUUGGACGGCGAAAACCAUAUUGGACAAUUUCUUUUAAUUUGCCGGGGCUAUCUACCUGGGUAUCUCAUAUCCUCCAGAGUUUAUGCAGUCAACAUCCUGGUUAGUGAGUUGAAACAGCCUGUUUGGGAUCAGCAGGAUUACUGGGGUUCAGCGGCACUGGCAAUUCCUAGUAUAGACUAUUGGCAUACACUCUUAGAUAACUAUUUUCAAGAAGGCAAGGAUUUAGAAGCAAAGUUCGGACGUCGUCAAACGAGAGGCGCUGGCCUGGUCUUGGCAUUGCAAGGUUCAAAAAUCUUAACAAGGAUGGCAGCAAAGAACAUAUCCGCAAAAUUAAAAAGACCCUUGGUUGCUGUAAGUUCGAAAGAGGAAGACGAGAGACUUUCGGAGGCUUCGAAAGAAGCGCUUAGAUGGGGCGGAGUUCUACACAUAGACGACCACGGAGUUCCUAGAUACCAACGUGAGGAUCAAGAGCUGGCUAGCUAUCUUUCCUUUUAUCCCAGCGUUGUUCUGUUGUCAUGCAGCGAUGCGACUGAACUAGGUGCAGCUUGUGAGAACGAGAUAGACGGUGUUAUCGCAUGCAACACAGCUUCAGAUGACCCAAUACCGGAAUUGUGGAAAUUAUAUCUUAUUGCAGAGCUGCCAGGAGUCAUUGCGUCGAUCUCCGAACAGCGUCUGAAUGAUGCUUGUCGAAUCUUGACGCAGCUUGAGCCCAGGGAGAGCCGUAUGGGAAGAGUACUGAAAACGGCUAAAAGAAUGGCUGUGGCGGAGAUAAGAGCUGUCGGUUUUAGUCACGUACUGACUGUAAUUCGGUCAUCCUUAUCUGGAGCUAGACUUGAGCAGGUCAAGAAUAUCCUGGCAGCUGGUGAUGAGCUCGGAGUACAACUAAAUAGUACAAUCAAUUAA